GAACGCACCCCGACCAACAAAGCCCGUCUAUUCAUUAGCGUUAAUAAACCCGUCGUACCCUUGGACUCGUUACUAUCAAACGCAUCUUUAUGAUGUCAUCUGGCUUACUGUCGCGCCUCUCUCCCAUUAAUUUCCGAUCGUUCUCCAUCACAAUUAGGGUUUCAUUUCGCUUUUGAUGAUUUAAAUUUCAAUAAUUGGCCAAAAAAUUAGUGUUUCAUUUUCAUCGGUCCUGCAUUGAAUCAAUUACCAGAUUCCUUUUCCUAAGUUCUCAUUGCAUUUGCAGUUCUUUCAAAUUUUGGAGUAUCCGAGAACAGUAAGGAUUCUCUUUGUUCUUUCCGUUAGAAAGAACUCCAUAAAAACCUAAGAUUGGUUGAUGAAUUAGGGUUUCUUUCGUUCUUCUUUGAUCUGGUUUCGGAUAGAAGUGAUGGGAAACACUUCGUCUAUGCUUACCCAGCAUGACAUUGAAGAAGUUCAGGAGCAUUGCAACAAUCUUUUUUCACAGCAAGAAAUAGUUUCCCUUUAUGAGCGAUUUUGCCAGCUCGACAAAAAUCAUGGUGGGUUCAUAUCAGGAGAUGAGUUCCUCACAGUACCUGAAUUUGUGGUCAAUCCUCUCUCACAGAGGUUGCUGAGAAUGCUUGAUGGUUUGAAUUUUAAGGAUUUUGUAGCGUUCUUGGCAGCUUUUAGUUCUAGAGCAACCGUUCAUCAGAAGAUUGAAUUCAUCUUCAAGGUUUAUGAUUUAGACGGCAAUGGAAAAGUUACAUUCAACGAUAUGUUGGAUGUAUUGCGGGACUUGGCAGGACACUUCAUUUCUGAACAACAGAGGAAGCAAGUUUUGAUGCAAGUUUUAGUGGAAGCUGGAUACACAGAGAAUUCCUUGUUAGUGUUGGAUGACUUUGUGAAGGCUUAAUCCGAUCGAUUCGGCUGGUUCCUGAUCCAGAUUGUCGAUUCACCGAUCCGGGACACCGAUCCGUUUUUUAAACCACUGGUUUGGAGAUAUCUUUUUCACUCUCUUGUCCGUAGUUUAUUGUUUAUAUCAUCGUAUGCGUUAAAUUUAGCCUUACUUGCUAUUUUCGUAGUGUUUUUUUUAGUAUUUUUAUAUUCUUCAAAGUUUUGAUCAUCUCUAUUAACAUUGCCAAGCUUUAUAAUAUGAUCUUUUUUGCAAAUAUUAAUAGGAUUGCAUUUCCAGUAGUAGGCAAAAACUAUGGGGAUUGCAUUUCCUAAAGAAAUAAAAAUAUGGGAAUUUUUUUAUGGGAAAAAUACAGUAUGCCGUAUGGUAACCAGGCCAUUUGCCUAAAAGUGAGGCACCUGGCUUGUACAAGAGAAGUCUAGGAUUUGAACCACUCUCUGCAAACCAAGCUGACCUAGCCCAAGAAAGGAAAAUAUUGUAUGUGGCAAAAAGGAUUGUUAACAAUUCAUUUUGUCCCCAAUUUUAAGGAAGGCUGUGAUGUUUCUUCACCUAUUCCCCUCUUGCUCUUGCUCCCAUAGGCAUUACAUAGGCAUUCUUAGUAACUAAGAGCUGGAUGAACAUUGGAUUGAAAUGAUAUUAUGGUUGUUGAGUGAAAAUCCAGUAAUCCAGAAGAAACUGUUAUGUAAACAUCCUCGCUUUAUGUUUAUUAUAUUUUAUUUUUUUUAAGUCCGAAUUUUGGUACUGUUUACCUCACCAUAAAAGAAAGCAUGAUGAAUCUCUGCUUUCUUUAUAUUCAUCAUCCUAACUAAAUCUUUAGGGUAUAAAAAAGCACUUUUUUAGAGAGGGAAAAAGGAUUUGGCGAAUUUCUCUCCCUCACAAGAAAAACCUCAGAUUUGGGCGACCUUUGGGGGACUUCUUCGAGCAAAUUCGAGCCUCAUAAUCUGAAGUUUUAACUCCCAAGUUAGUCCAUUUUAUUUAUUCUUUGUUUAAUUCAUUUUGGAUUUUAAAAAUUAAGAAUUGAAAAUAUUUUCCGGAUUGUAGGGCUUUCACAACUAACAAACUUUUUAAUGGCAAGGGCUGUUUUUUGCAUUCAUUCUUUUGUUUUUUUUCUUUAGUAGCAAGUGUUGUAGGUUUUUCCUUAUCUUGUGGAUUUUGUGCCUUUUGUUUUUGAAUAUAAAUGUUUUUUUUUUUUAAUUUCAAUUAGUUGUCAUAUUUAUAUUUUGGUUGUUUAAUACUCCUUUUUUUCUCUCUUUUUCUUUGAGGAUCCCUUGUUUCAAUUUUGAUGUGGAGUUGAGGUCUUGUGACUUAUGUUUAUGUUUGAACUUUUUCCUUAAAAUAAUUCAUUUUCAUUUCUAUUGCUUGAUGGCAUGUUGGAACGCAUCAUGACUGCAUGAGAUUGGGAAUUAUGGAGGACAUAUGGUAUGUUACAAUUAUAUUUUUGUUCCUAACAAUUUUCUGAAAUUCUCCUUAUUUUUAAAAUAUUUUGCCUGGAUUUUUCGACAAUCUUUGCUAUAUUUUCAAGUUUAUUGUUUUUUUUCCUUAAUUUUUAUUUUUUAAAUUCUAUGACUGGUCUAACAGGUGCAUCUGUUAUGUCCUAUUGCUCUGACCAGACUGGUGCUCAAUCACCGGUCUAGCCCUGGCAACAUUGGAACAGAUCCUUAAAAGUUUGCAAGACAUAGUUACUCCUUUGUAGGACUUAUCCUCCGGCUAAGAGGCCUUGAAACCAUCAUCAAUGCUGAUCUGAAUAUUGCAUAUAAGAAAAAGUGUUCUUUAUCACAUUUUUUAUGAUAAGAUUUAAUAGAUUAUCUAUGACAUUUGUAGUAUCGGUCAAAAGUCAAACAUUACAUCUUCUAUAACAGUUUUAUUAUUUUGACUCCUGGAUUCCUCACGAGAAUUGGGGUUUGAAAUGGGUUUUUGUCUGAGCUUACAUGGGAUAUGAGACAAAGAACAAAGUGAUUUAGUGAACACAUUUAUAUCCUUUGUAAACAAAUACAGCAAAUGUGCAAGAUUUAAUUUGUAUUUUUUAUUCAUUAAUACUACACAGUCAACUUUAUCAAUAAAGAAAACUCAUUUGAUCGCCUGUAGGACUCAUCUAUUGAUGUGCACCAAGAAAUGCCCAAUAAUCACAUUAUUUUAGGGUUUGGGCCAUGAGUUGUAGCAAUAAAGCCCUUUCUAAUUAUCAAGAAAGCAUCCUAUACAUAUUCAAGUUUCGUAUUCCUGAGGAAAGUGUGAAGUUCACAUUGAUUGGCACAAUCGAAGUUAGUAUAGCUUAUUUGGCUAGAGGUGGUUGUCAUUCCUAGUGGUUUUGUAAUGAUAACAUGCGGUGUUUUAAAAAGCGGACCGCCCAACGCCUAGGCAGUACAGAAGGCCUGGGUGGCUGCCCAGGGGCGGAAAUGGCCCUUGUUGAGGGUAUUUUUGGGCUUUUUUUAAUACUAAAGUGGCAAAAUCGUAGGUUUUAGAUUCAUUUGAAACCUAAACCCUAUUAGAGCCUAUUUUAAAGAGAGAAAAACCCCCAAAAAAACUAGUUUUUGAUGACUUCCAUAGGAUCAGAGGGUUUCUCAAAGUUACGAGAAAUUGAUCUAAGCAUCACCCAUUGUUAUUAGAUUUAGUGGACUAUUAGACGAUGGACUUAUGGAGUAUGGAGGAGUUUGUGCUAUGUGGACUUGUGUACUAUACAUUUCAUAUGCCCUAAAUCCCUAACUCUUAUGUGUUAUACAGUUACACUUAAACUGUCAGACUAUAGAGACAUUUUUCUUUCUAUCGAGCUGCCCAGGUUCUAGGCGCUUGCUUAGGCGCUAGGCGCCUGCUUAGGCGCUAGGCGCCUGCUUAGGUGCUAGGCGGCUUGGAUCCCUCUGGCCACCUAGCAUUUUUAAACACUGAUAACAUGUAAUAACCAAGAAGAAAAACAUUGACUUCCAUUAUCUUUCUAUAAAUAGCGUCUUCCCCAUAUUGUACGUACGGGGAUAGAGUGAUACAGUUUAUACAUAUGGCAUCCUUGUCAUAAAACUUGGCAACAAUUUUGAAGGAAACGGAUCCUUAUGGAAAACCUGGUCCUUUCCAUCAACUUCUUUAUUUGAGAGUAGAAUUCGAGGAAUGGUGAAAUGGGAUAAGAAAGAAAUUGACAAGAGGCAGACCUCGUACUUUUUUAGUACUGAAAAAUGGAUUGUGGAGUGAGCUUCAUUUAGAGUGACUAUUCAUUUCAAUAUGAUAAAACGUACAAUGUUUGACUCCCAUGCUUUCUUCUUAUUCAUAUAGAUUCUUGGCAUGUGUGGUGUGAAGAUGGAAGUCGAAGUUCCAGUUGAUUAGCGAGUAUUGUUAUUUCUUUACAUAUUGUUAAGCAGCAUUUCCUUUGUUGAUUUAAUGGAUGUGUGAUCUCUCCCCUGUGCCUAUCUUCAGUAUCUUGUUACAAGGUAGGAUUUUCUGGAUAUCAGUAAUCUCAUUUGUAAUAUUUUAGCUUGGUUUGAUACCAGGAAAUCUAGAAUCUAUCAAAUCAUUUUGUUUAUUAAUCUUUUUGUUAAGGGGGCAUCAAAAUUGAAACAAAAGGAAAAUUUUUCUAUGCC